AUGGAAAGAUUAGAAAAAGAAAAAGAAAGGGAAGAAAAAGAGAAAUUAGAAAGGGAACUUUUAGAAAAUAAUUUCCAUUGUAAUAUUUGUCUAGAGCAAAUAGAGACCAUAGCAAACGCAACAAUUGAUUGCAAUCAUAAAUUUUGCUUUGAUUGCAAAGAAUGGUCGAAUGAAGCUAACACCUGUCCAACAUACAAUUAUGUUGAAGGUUUAGUAAAUAGUGCUAAUGUCCCAUAUAGAGCUCAAAGAGGAUAUAGACAGCUAUAUAUUCAAAGUUUACUCCAAGAUUUAGUACAAGAAGAAGAACUCCCAUCAAUUCCAAUUGUAUAUGAUUAUCAUCUCGAACCCUUACAAUUCUUUUACUGGUUUAAAAAAGGAUUAAAAAAAUUCAAAAUGUUCCAAAACAAAAAAAUUCAAAUGGUAAAAUUCUAUUUCUUUUUCAAUAUCCACACGUUGUUGAAAUCACAUAUCAAACAAUGGGGUUUUUGUUUAUUCCUAUUAGUUAAUGUUUUAAAUUGGUCUUUUAAACUCUUAUAA